AUGAAUAAUCAAGGCAAAUUUAUAAAAUGUAGAGCACUAUUAGAUAGUGGCAGCGAGCUCAACUUUGUUAGUUCCGCGCUUGCAGACAAAUUAAAAUUAAAGGCGUAUUCUCAAAACACAACGGUGUUGGGAAUCUCGAAAUCGCAAAAAACAGUUACAAAGGCAGUAACCAUUUGUGUAGCUUCACGUUUAACGAAUUUCAAACAGAAAUUGCAAUUUUCAGUAUUAGACAAAAUUACUUGUGAACUACCACACACAAAAAUAAAUGUUGAAAACUGGUCAAUCCCAGUAGAUCUUCAUUUAGCAGAUCCCAGUUUUAAUGAACCGGGUGUUAUAGACCUACUUAUAGGUGCAGAUAUGUUCUUCGAUAUAUUAAGAAAUGGAUUUGUGAAAUUAAGAUCUAACUUACCCGCGAUGCAAAACACACAUUUCGGUUGGGUUAUAUCUGGAAGUAUUCCACUUAAUACUACAACGAGUGUAGGUACAGUUAACUUGGCUAUACAAUCUGAUUUAACAGACUCAAUUGCACAGUUUUGGCAAUUGGAAGAAUUGUCCGAAAAACCCCCAUUAAGUGCUGAAGAAAAGCAAUGUGAACGUACAUUUACAGAAACCACAAUACGAGAUUCUAAUGAAUAUUUCUUAGAAUACAAAUCGUUUAUAGACACGCAUUUAUCUCUUGGACAUGCUGUUCAAAUAGAACGGAACCAACAAUUAGAAUUCACACCUGAAAGUGAAUAUUAUUUACCACAUCAUGCGGUAAUAAAACCGGAAAAUAGUGCAACUCCUUCACGAGUAGUAUUUAAUGCGUCUAUGCCCACUACAAGCGGCAAAUCUCUGAACGAUAUCCUUUUACUAGGACCCCCCAAACAAAGUGAAUUAUUCGACAUAAUUCUAAGAUUUCGUACUCAUCAAUACGUGAUGACUUGCGAUAUAGUGAAAAAGUUUAGACAGAUAAGAAUCCAAAAACAUCAUCAAGCUCUUCAAAAAAUAUUAUGGCGUAAUACCCCAGAAGAGCCGAUACAAACUCUUCAGUUAACAACUGUUACAUAUGGCACUACUUGUGCACCAUAUCUUGCUCAAAGAUGUCUCUUUCAACUAGCAGAAGAUGAAGCACUAAACUAUCCGCUAGCGUCAUUGAUACUAAAACGAGACACUUACAUGGAUGAAAUAUUAUUUGGAAGUCAUUCAAUAGAUUCAGUUAAGGAAUUACAAGGACAAUUAAUUGAACUUUUAAAAAAAGGUGGAUUUCAACUGCAUAAAUGGAAAUCUAAUUUCAACUCACUAGAUACUGAUUACCAAUCAAACGAUUCGGUCUCAACCUUUAAUGAAUUGUCUAACUGUAGUUCAAUAUCGAAAACCCUAGGAAUAAUUUGGAAUUCUGACUCAGAUGCUUUUUCGCUCACUAUAACGGACGAAAUACAAAACGUGGGAAAUUCCAAAAGACAAGUUUUAUCGGGUAUCGCACAGAUCUUCGAUCCACUAGGUUUGAUCGAUCCAGUAACAAUUAAAGCUAAACUUCUAAUGCAAAAACUUUGGUUAGAAAAACUUAAUUGGGAUGAUCCAAUACCACCUGAAAUAUUAUUAUCUUGGCAGGAGUUUAAGAAACAACUUCCUGAACUAAAAGGGUUAACAAUUAAACGGUCGCUUUUGCUCGACUUAGAACCAAAGUGUAUACAACUACAUGGGUUCUGUGAUUGUAAUGAAAAAUAUUAG